GCACUGUUAAUUAAGUUAGUUAUGCAUGGUGUAAUUGUAAAAUAUUAUGCUUUAAUGCACUAUUGAUAAAAUGCGCUUUGCACUUGCGAUUAGAAUUUUGUAUGUAAAUUAUUGACCUUUUAAAGUUGAGGGUAACAUCAUAGGCAUUGAAUGCUAGUUUUAUAAGUUCAGGAAAAACUGGAAGUAUAAAGAUUUUGGUUUGCUCGAUCUUCGUGUAAAAUGAUCAUAUAUUGGCAGAUAAAUGGAUAGCGUUGGGGAUUCGAGUUAUUUUCAGGCUCAUCAUAUGUCCAAUAAUGGACAAAAAAGGACUCUAUUUGCCAACAAAAUCCAUUCGUUUGAUAAGUAUACCAACUCGGAUAAGAUAAACACGGGGCCAGGAUGGUCAAGCUACUUGGCUGAGAGAUCUGGUAGGUUGUGGAAUCAUGUGCCCACAAAAUCCUACACCGUGGAGAACAAUACUUCUCCAUCAUAUAUGAUGAAUAACUUGGUUGAAGAACAGGAGGAUUCCUACAAUCCUUAUAUCCCAUCUCCACCUAAGAUAGUCUAUGAUGACAAGUCUCAAGAUUACGGCUUUGUAGAUGACAAGAUUGAGAGUUGUAGCGAUAUAUUCUCUGAGACUGAUGAAGGAAUAACCGUUAUAACAAAGGUAAAUAAUACGAGUGCGAAUGUUACGCAAAAGGACUCAGAACCAAAAACCAUCUUAAUUGAAAAUUCUUAUGAAGACGGCGAUGCUUACAAUGUAGUAUUAAAUGAAGAACCUGAAUUUAAAUUUGAUAAGACAGUAGGAACUAAUCUCGAACAAUCAGUCAAACGAGAAUCAGUGGAAACUGAGCAUGUUGCCGAAACAGCUCCUACAAAUCCCUUCUCAUUCGACUCUGAUACUUUAAAUGCAAGCUCCUUUUCUAGUACAAAAAAUAAUGUUGAUGAAGAGUCGAAUGUUGGCACAUCAAAAUUUGAAGAGGCCGUUGAAUCCACUGUACAGUUCAAGGAAAAUUUUACAACAGCGCCAAACAUACCCACGGAACAUGACAGCUACGUGUUGACCCAUGAUGAUAGGAUUAUUUCUACCCAUGUGGACGACUUAAAAAUAUCUCACGAAAAUAUUUUGAAUUCAAAACCCGUUGUUACAAAUAAGUCAAGACCCACUGAUACUUCGAAUUUUACAUAUGCUGCCACUUCUAAUAUUUCAAACACAAAAUUUACAAAUUUUGGAAUGUAUUCGGAUCCAAACAUUUCUAGUGCAAACAAUAUGGAAGCAGCGUAUAGAUCUGGUAUGGGUUAUAGGGAUUUUGGAUAUAAUAGGAACAUGAAGGUACAACCAGAUUGUAGGUUUGAUUUCAAUGCACAUAGGCAUGAUAUAAAUCCAUUUUCACCAUUCAUAACAAAGUCAAACACGGUAUAUAACCUUAGUGAAGCUGAUUCAAUAAAAAUGAGAACCUCAAUCUUAACUGGCAUGUAUAAUGAGGAUUCUCUGGUAAAAUAUUUUAGAGAAGCGAUUUGUAUCACAAAUACAGCUAUGAUGAAGCAAGUUGUUUCAUUUUUGGUCGCGUUAAUGGGAGAAAACUAUAAGAUUAGACCACUUUGCGUACGGCUGAUGUCCUCCGCACUUACUUUCCACCCUGAAGAAUUUGUAGAUUCGUUUAGUUGCGAAUAUUUGUCGUCAUUCUUCAAUCCAGUUAUAAACGAUGAAAUAGGAGGAGAAUUUUUAAGGUUACUUUUAUCCUAUAAAUCAACAUUUUCAACCCCUGGAGUGAUUGAGGAAAAUAUACCCUUAUCAAUGGAUGAAGAUGGAUUUUUAUUGUACAACAAAGAAGGAUUGGAUGAUUAUCACUGUGGAAAAUUGGAAUCGUUGGAAAUGCUUAGAAUAUGCAUGGAUAGGGCUAAGGUAAAGUCCGCAUUUGAACUUCCUGCAUCUAGACUUCGGGAUUUACUUUGCACGAUUUGGUAUGAAAUGCCCUCAACCUGUCCAAAAAUUCCAUUAGCCCAGCUAUGUUUUCACUGGAUAAACUCUAAGGAUGACACGUCUAACAUGAAAGAUUCAGCUUUUGCUCUGCUUCAGAGAAAUAAAGAGUCUCUUGGACCACAAAGUGGCUCAAGUUGGCUUUUAUCGGAGCUAUUCUUGUUUAUGUUGAGGAAAAAGGGGAAUAUUCAUCCUGAGCUUGAGCAUAUUAUAGGUCUAGUAUAUCCGAAUGAUGAUUUAUAUCUCUCAAUUCAGUCUAUUGUAUACAAUUUCACGGAAAAGGACAUGUUGGAUUUAUGGUGUCUCCUUUGCAUCUUACCAUGGUCUAUAAGAUCACCGGAUGAUCCCUUGUGCGUACUGCUUUCUACAGCUCUUAGGGUGUACUAUGACAUUUCUUCUCAAAGAGCACAUAACUCUUAUUCCAAGAAUGGCGACUAUAAUCCCUAUGGUUCGCAAGAAUUCCAUUUACGUGCCUCUAAUAAUUUUAACGAUUACGGUGGUUAUGAAGCAGACCCUGGUUUUCAUUACUCUGUGCCAGGUGUGGAUUAUGGAUCAAAAUAUACUGUGGAGUAUGGUGUUGAUUAUACUGUAACAUAUCCGAGUGGUUAUAACGCGAACGCAAAGCAUUCAAAUACAUCACCGCUUGGAAUUUUGGAGAAUUGCUUAAGGAUUUGUGUCUGCCGUUGUUCUUCGCCGAUUAACGCUUUGAAUGCCAUAUUGCAAACAAUUUUGCUUAUACAUGUGGAGCCACACUGCAUAAUAACCAACCAAGUGUCUCCUCUGGUUCUCGGUAGUUUGAGUCAUUUCUUGUGGAAAUGCCACUUUUUAUGGACAAGGAUUAAGGACGGAAUUCACCCUGAAACUUUAUUGGGUCUUACAGAAUUGUAUUCAAUAUUGGAUAAAGCAGUACCAUGUCCUCCAUUGUCACCUCUUCCUCAUGAAUCUACCAAAACAUCUAGGACAUUGCCUAUAUUCCAGAGGACUUCAACGCAGAAUCAAGAAAACAGAUCUUCUAGUAUCCUUUCCUUGUUUAUAAAAAAAGAUUUGUCGAACUUUGACAGAGUUGCGGAUUCGCAGGUUAAACCUGUAGAAGUUGAUUGCAGAUUGAGAUUUGAUGAACCUCAAGAACCCCAAUUUACAUAUUUAGCUCCAUGCGGGCUAAAGAAUUUGGGAAACACGUGCUAUUUUAAUGCACUACUGCAGUCAUUGUAUCAUACUAGAUUUUUUGUGUACAAUAUUUUUAAGUGGGCAGCUGACGAUGAAAAAUCGAAUAGAUUCUUAUCUUCUCUCCACAAACUAUUUAAAAAGAUGAUGAAGAAUAGGAAAAGACCUAUAAAUCCAUCGGAAAGCUAUGAUAUGAUCUCGGAGCUUCUUCAAGAUGGUCAGCAGGAUGUAACUGAGGCAAUUCGUUUCAUUUCGGAGGCACUAGAUUUCAACUUGGAACUGUGGAAAUCAGUUUUUGCUGGACUUAUAGUUAGAAGAAUACAGUGUCUUAGGUGUUCAUCGAUAUCAGAUAAUGAAGAAACCCUCUAUGAUUUUAAUUUUUCAUUAUCAAAAACAACGAGCAUUCAGGAUUUAUUUGAAGAAUUUUGCGGGGUAGAGGUCCUCAGCGGAGAAAACAAAUAUUUUUGCCUAAGCUGCAACAAAGAUAGAAAAGCACACAUGUGGAACAUUAUCGCAUCUCCUCCUUCACAUUUGAUCAUAAUUUUAAAUAGGAACAGUUGGCAUAUUAGAAGUCAUGACUCCCAAAAGGUAUUUAAGCGUGUAAAGAUUGAUAACACACUGCAUAUCACUGGCUUUGAUUACAAGUUGUAUGGGUCGAUAAUUCACUCCGGAGACUCUACACAUUCUGGUCACUAUUAUUUUAUCGGUUGUGACAGUGAAACAUUUGAAGAUUGGUACAAGUUUGAUGAUUCUACAAUCAAGAGAGCCGAUGAGGAGUCAAUUGACGCACUUUCUCAGGAUCAUACCAAUACACAUGUUCCCUACGUUUUGUUUUACAGGUGUUUACAAGCUCCACCUACACCAAACAUUUAA